AUGGACGCAAGAAACCAGGAAUACCACCAGAAUACCCUUCACCUCCCACGGAUUCUCUGCUUACACGGUGGCGGCAGCAACGCACGCAUUUUCAAGACCCAAUGCCGGGUGGUCUCGCGCAUGCUAGAGCCAUACUUCCGAUUAGCCUAUGCCGAAGCGCCAUUCGAUUCGAUGCCGGGGCCGGACGUCCUCUUGGUUUACGCUGACUAUGGCCCGUUCAGGCGAUGGCUUCCGGAGCCUGAGGUCGAGGAUAGAGCGGCAAUUGAGGCUAUCAACAGCUCGAUAGAAACCGCCAUGGUAGAGGACGAUCGAUCGGGUGCUACGGGGCCAUGGGUGGGAUUGCUGGGUUUCAGCCAAGGCGCGAAGCUGGCUGCGAGCUUGAUUUUGCGACAGCAAGUCCGCGGCGAGAGACUGGGGCGGGCGAAAGCCGGGUCUGACUGGAAGUUUGCUGUGUUGAUGGCCGGACGAGCACCGAUAGUAAACCUCGAUCCGGAUAUUUUCAGGUCUUCGAUGCUGAGCACCCCGUCACAGAGUGAUUUGUCGGGGCCUCCGGAGUUGGAGGAUCUCAUGCGAGAGGAACACGUCCUCAAAACACCCACCAUACAUGUCCAUGGGCUGGCAGAUCCAGGUCUUCGCCUACACCGUGAGCUCCUCGAGAACUACUGUAGCGUCGACAGUGUUCGGGUGUUGGAGUGGAAUGGCGCGCAUCGGGUGCCGGUAAAAAGUGCGGAUGUGGAUCCUCUCGUUAAGGAGAUUUUGAACCUGGCAAAGGAAAUUGGGGCGUUAUGA